GCAGCAGGCGCUCGGGCGCUCACUCGCGCGCUGUCGGCCGUCGGCCCCGCACGUUGCACGCUGCACGUCACUGCUACGUACGAACACGUAAACUUUGCCGAACUUCCCAACUGAGGAAAAGUGCGCAGUGCCUCCGGACCUGAUUGGAUGCAAUUUUGUGCAAUUUAUUUCAUAGUGUGCUGUGACGUAGAAUAAAUUCUGUGAAUUCACAAAGUUUGAGGAAACUGUUUUAUGCUGAAUAGUUGGAUUUAUGCGUAACUUUACUUGGUAAUGGAUGAUUUUUGAGUAUUUUAUGGGAUGCAUACAAUGAUGGCGGUGGGUGGCGCCGGCUGCGCUCGCGACUGUUCGCUGCAGUGACGUAGACGGCCGCACCAUGACAUCGGCGCGCGCGCACCUUAGCUUGCUGCUGUAUGUGGCGAUGCUGCUGGCUAGAGAAUACGGCGUGACAAGCUUGGAGCUGCUAGAGCUACGCGUGCCGGCGCACGUGGCGCUGGGCACGCGCGCGUCGCUGUCGUGCCGCUGGGCGCUGGGCCCGGCCGACGUGCUCUACUCCGUCAAGUGGUACAAGGACGGCAAGGAGUUCUUCCGACACGUGCCGCGCGACCACGAGCCCAGGAGGAAGUUCCCACUGCCUGGAGUCGAUGUUGAGAAAUCAAGUCCAAACGGCGCAAAUGUGACGCUGUACCCAGCAGUCCUCGAGACGGGAGGGCGGUACCGAUGCGAGGUGUCGGGAGAACGGCCACUCUUCCCCACAGUGUCCGACCAUGGAGAUAUGGUCAUUGUUGCUCUUCCCGACCACGGCCCCACAAUCACGGGCUCCCGUCUUCGAUACCAGAUCGGGGACCGUGUCCAAGUGAACUGCACUUCAGGUCGUUCACGACCAGCGACCAGACUCAGCUGGUACAUUAACGGGGAGCCAGCGCCCUCUAUCGCACUGGUGCCUCCAACUCAUGAGAAACAUGAAGAUGGGUUGGAGACUACCAGCCAAGCGCUCGACUUUAAAGUCAAGCCCAAGCAUUUUAGGAAAGGAGACUUAAAACUUAAGUGUCUAGCAACCAUAGCGACGGUCUACUGGCGGAGUAACGAGGAGAGCGUGCAGGGCGAGAGGGUGAAGGGCUACUCCAGGUCCAGGGAGCUCACAGAAGGUUCCAGAGCGGACAGGGUGCAAGCUGCGGGCAAACCGGGCAGUUCAGCGCCCGCCAUCACCCUCGCACCCUAUCUACUCCUGCUUAGUGCACUAAUACAAGUGACGCAAAACAAAUUGCGCUCGUAAAAACUAUAUACAGGAAACAAAACAAUUAGUGAAAAGUUUGGUAGCUAAAUAAAGUGAUGAAAUGUGCUAAAACUUUUAAAAUAAAAUGCUUGAUUCAAUACGACUACGUGACUUAGGCUUAUACGAAUGUAUCCAAUUUUGCAUGUCUGACUAAUGUAAGUAAUAAACUUAUAGAUUUACUUAUUUUAUAGAACGAUUGAAAAAUUCUGUUUCGUGAUGAAAUGUGUGCCAUCAUUCUACAUGACAAUCAGUAUUUUAGUUGACACCUCAUGCUUUCUCCAAAGAUGAUUUCGGUAACCAAAGUUAGAGCGUUUAAAUGUUUUACAUUAACAGUCUACCAUUUUAUGUAAUUAAUAUAUUUAAAAACUGCAAACAAGCGCAAGUUUUACAAGUCGUCAUUCCAAUAUAAGGUGAUAAACCAUUUUAUUUGAUUGUAAAUAAUUAUAAUUAGGUAGGUAUAUCGUUUUAUAAUAUUAACAUAUCACAAUAAUUGAGCCAAUUAACGUUGUGUAGUCAUGCAUUUAUUAUGUGUACCAUGAAUAAUACUAUCUAAAUAAGGCCAUAUGAUUUUAUUAUUAAUAAAAACCAGGGGCCUAAAACUGUUUCUUGGCGACUACACGAGAUUCAAUCUAUAAGCCGUCUGCUCUUACAGCCGUAAUCCUAUCACGAGACAUAAUAGAAAAAAAAAACUGAAACUAUGAGACUACCUUCUAAAAUAAAAUUCCUAUCCCAGAAACCUUCGAUAAGCGCUUACGCGAAAAAAAAUCUUUUGGUCAACAGCACAAUUCACGUUAGGUACAUAAAACAGAGUUGUAACCUUUUUGCGUAAAUCGCAGCAAUCAUCGAGUGCCCCUGACGCACGACUAGUUUAUGGCAUGAAGGUGACAUCCAUCGUGAAUCGGAACGCAUUGCGUUAAACGCCAAACAGCGUUUUAUUUCGACACUGCGCCGUGCGAUUUGCUUGUAUAAAGUUAUUUAUAACAUCAAACGUAUCAAAUUGUUUGAUGUGUUCCUCGUGCUAAUACAUCUCAUUCUGUGCUGAUUUCUCUCAAUUAUCUGAUUCUGUGUACACCUCUAGACCGGGAGGUAAAUCAUUGGUCUAGUGUCUACUCAUAUCCAGUUUAAUCCAGUUUAGUAAGCUCGUGUCCUUUAUUUAAUUGUGAAGUUAUAUGAAAUUAUGGACCUAUAUUUUAUUAUAGAAUGCAUAUUUCUUCUGUCUAUUUCUUUGAAAAUAACAUCUUUUUUGGAUUAAUUUAAAUAUAUUUACUCACAAAUCUAUUCUUUUAUGACUCUGUACUGAAUAAACGCAUGAAAUGUCUCCCAAGUGAUUGGUGCAAUGUUCCUUCGAGCUAGGACGCUGAAGUUUCCAACUCGCGAUAUCGGCCAAUACAAUAUAGUAGCUACGAGGAAAACUUGCUUCUACCCAAGAACACUGGGAAAGACAAACUCACCCACAACACUUUUGUGGCGAAAAGAAGCGAUUCUAGUAUACUUUUAUAGUUUCUGUCGAGACUCCUGGCUCUUUGAGCUAUCGUUUUUUCUAAAUCCCUCGUCACUUUAAAGUUUUACUUACGAAUAAUAGCUACUUAGUUCUUAUUUUCAGAACUUGUCAAAAAGCUCUUGAAUCGAAAUAAUCCUUACAGUUUAUAGAGAUAAUUAUGUACAACAUCGCACAGUAAAGUGUUCAAUAAGCUUACUUUACCACGUUUCAUGUUUUAAUUUUCAAAUAUUCCAAUAAUUUGGCAUGUAACUGUAUUUAAAAUUAAUCAGGUAGGUGUACAGUUAAUAGGCCCAAAAUAUAAAAUUGUGUUUUUGCACAGAUAACUGUUAUUUAUUUUUGAAACGGUCUCAGUGUGGUUAUACUUUGCCUACAUAUUAUUUUGAAUAAGUAUAUAGCCCUACUUUUAAUUGUUCAAUAUUAUUAGAACAUUUAUAAGAGAUAUAUGAUUAGAAUGUAUAUAUUUUGUAAAAUAAUGAUAUUUAUAUUUAGGUAAAGACUUGUUUUAAAAGUUGAUGCGCCACAUUUCUCUAACAUUAGAUCAAUAAAUAAAUAUUAAAAAAAUAUCGGAGCGAUUUGUCGCAUCAAUUUCUAGAAUUUGGUCAAUUUAUAUUUUACCUAGUCACCGUAUACAAAUUAAGUGUUGCUGGAGUGACUGUUGUUUUUAUGUAAAGAAACUUUAAUCGCCGUAGCUUUGAUGUAUAACUGCUAUAAAAAUAUAAGUAUGAUGAUCAUUUCAACAUGUAUUAUCAAGUUAAAUUUAUCAUUAAAUGUACAGGUUUACGUGUAUAAGAAAAAAGGAAAAUAAUAAAGAAGAGAGAAGGUGAGAUUUAUAUCUAUACAAAUAUCGUUAAAAUAAAAAUUCAAUUCAGAAGAAAAUCGUUUUGUUCUACUUAUGUAAAAGAUGGUAGGCUUCAUUUCCCUUAAAUAAUAGACGUGUUUUCCUCAACUAGAGAAAACUCCCCACGUAUAUUCAAAGCAUAUCAAUUAAUGUAAAUAAUGGAGAUGCAAAGAAAAUGGCCGACUCUGCCAGAAACCUUAUUUCACCGCAUUUUACUCGUCCUUACCUGUUAAACCCCGAAUUUUGAAAGCUUUCAUUCAUCUAACUCAUUCUCAUUCAUUAAACGUGGUUUCGCAAAAGUAUUUCGGCCUAGUCUACAGCAAUGAAUCAAGGAUGCUCUGUUUAUAUCAUGUAGCUACAAUAUACAAGUCUAUGUACACAAUUUAUGUGGAAUAUAACAUUUAAUAUCGUCAUUACCGGGUUUUCAGAUGCAUAAAACUGUCUGUAAGACCAUGUUAUCGUAAAGUGUAAAAUUAACAUCGAAAACGGCCAUUAUACAUUAAUUACGAAAUUAAAUGUGGCGUACAAUGUAUAUUGUCAAUUUAUUAGCGUGUGUCGGCUUGGGGUUCCGUACCAAUAACAAGUAUUAUAUGGAAUUUCCGAUAUUCAUGUAACAAGUCCGAGCAGUUUUAGCCAGCAUGUGACUACCUAUAUAAUCUACAUGUAAUAUAAUUACUAUUAGGUAUAUGUAUAAUUUUGUGAACUACGCAGUACGCAGUUAUUGUUGCUAAUUGUUAUUAAAUAUUUAUAGCGUAUAAAUACGAGUUUGUACAUAAUGGAUAUACCGUGUAGCUCAAAGAAUUGAAUAUAAAUAAAUCAUGUGACCUAAUAA